CCCUACACACUUUGACUUCCCAUAAUUCAGUGCGCUCAUAAAGUCUUUCGAGAGGACGUUACGAUAAGGGCACAGCAAGAGACCCAUUAUCUUUGACUGAAGAUGGCUGAUGUUAUUGACGACAAGAUCAAGAACUACAGAACGGCUCCAUUCGAUUCCCGUUUUCCAAACACUAACCAGACAAGAAACUGUUUCCAGAAUUACCUUGACUUCCACAGGUGUAAUAAGGCUUUGUCAAGCAAAGGGCAGGACACUUCUCCCUGCGAAUGGUAUCAGAGAGUCUACAAGAGCCUGUGUCCAAUGAGCUGGGUGGAGAAAUGGAAUGGGCAGAUUGAGGAUGGAAGCUUCCCCGGAAAGAUCUAAAUGGUUGCUGUUACUUUCAAUUCAAGAGCUCCCAACCUUUUGUUAUUGGUUUGCCUGCUGGAGGAUGAAGGGUCAUUCAGAGUGGGCUUUGGAAACCUUCAGUAUUUUGAAGUCCUACAUUAGCAUUUAUCUUUGUCACUCUACAUCCUACUGUUGCAAUUUACAAAAUAAAAAUGCACAAUUUCAUCUAAA